AUGAUUAAAAAUAAUUCGAAAAGCUAUUCCACUUUAAGAAAAAAGUCAACCUAGUUCAUAUCGGAAACAUCUAAGGGAAAGUAAUAGACUGUAAGUAACAAAACAAGGGCAAAAUCCAUCACAUAAACAACAAUAAAGAAAGCUAUCCCGACAAUCAAGCCUCCUGUGAUUGAUUUGAAUAAGAUAGAGGUAAAUCCCUUUACAUUCGCAAAUAGAAAUUCGCAUAAUAAUUCAUCAGAUCAAACCAAUUCUAGGAGUUAAAAUAGUGAUGUUGAAUAAUAAGGGUUUGUGGCAGUUAAACAAAAUAAUCAAGACUAGUUAUAAAUUUUGAAGCGAUAAAAAUAGUUACUUGAAUAUAGAUUAAUGUAAGAAACAGAGUCUUGUCAAUAAUAUCAAUAAAAUUAUCAUUUUCUGCAAGAGAGACUGCAAAAGUUGGAACUUGCAAAAAAUAACUACAUAAAUGAAAUGAAUUCGUUUACUAAAUGUUUAAAACUGAUUUUAAACAAGGAUGAAUGA